UUCCAGCAAUGGGAAGAACGUGUUGGGGAAUAGUGGGUGUGUGGUGUGUGUGGCGGGGAGGCGGGGAAGGCCUCAGGAAGCCUAGUGUGGAGCCGGCCAGCACCAACCAGGCGCGCGCCAUCAAGGUAACCCCCCUACUUCAAGGGGGGCAAGGUGCGCUUUAAUUCCGGCUCGUUUCCCCCCUUAUUGUGCUCAUUUGUGUGUGGGUUUGGCUCUGGCCUCACAGCUCAGUCAAGACCUAGUCUUAAAUUAACAAUAACAGAAACUUCUGAAAACCUAUUGGUCCAUACGAGGCAGCUUCUAUUUAUAUUCACUCAAACUCAUUCAAAUAUGUCUAAACAACGCUUGAAACUAUCCAGCGAUCCCACAUGUAUUAUGUAACCUGAUCCUUUGUAACAUAAAUCUACAGUCGUGUUUGCAAACCCGUAUUUACCCAGGUCUUUCGUCAAUAUAAGCCUAUCCUCGUCCCCACCUUCAUAACUCUCAGGCACACAACACACACCUGUCAGAAGAAAGGAAGCGACGACGUUUCGGUCCAUCCUGGACCAUUACCGAGUCGUGUGGUCGUCAUAACUGUCCCGGACGGACCGAAAGGUCGUCACUUUCUUUUCAGACGUGUGGGGUUAUGAGUCUAAUUCUGAGACGGGUUCCUGUCUUUCUAACUUGCGGGAUCAUCGUGCACUCCAGCUCUGCAUCCACGACUCCAGAGCCGGUCACAUCUGCCUCAUAUAUCACGGACGGAACACUCAAACUCAAUGCCAUCAGCAGCAUAUGCGAAACUAACGUCAGAGCAGCCAUAGCCCUCAGGGCUCUAGCCGAGGAUGCUUUCAACAUAUACAGCAUCUAUAUAUGAUGUUAAUGGACGAGAGGCGGGACCCAAGAGCUCUAGGUCAUCCCUGGCAAAUACAAAUAGAAGGAGAGGAACAAGGCGCAAGAUGACGGACGGACGGAACGGAAGGAGGGAGAAAAUAGACAGAAAGAUGAAAGCAGGUCCAGGGAAAGAGACGGGAGGGGGGGGGGAACCUGAACCAAAGAAGAAAGAGGAAGUGGACAAAGACGAUGAUAACAGCAGAUGGAAGAUGAAGAAUUAGGAUGAACAUAAAGAGAUGAGAAUAUACGACGAACGGAGAAACAAGGAACAAGUAGAGAGAACGCACAAAUGUCGACGUCACACAGGUGUGCCGGUAAAGUGGACGACAGCUAAGAGAGAAAGAGAGAAAGAGAGAGACAGAGAGAUAACGAAGAGACGCCAAAGAGAAAAAGAGAGAAAAACAAGACAGAAACGAAAUCUCGAUAGACAGACAUUAAUAAGAAUCAGAAAAUCCAGCAUAAUUUUCCUAAACGGUGAAAUCUAUAAAAAAAAUCCUAAAGUGUCUUCACAAAUCUUCCCGAAUCCUAAAUCAGACUCAGAAUUUACGCUGCAAGUGUGGCCAAAACCCAAGAGCUAUUCCCAUACUAUGAACGAAUGUUUUUGUAAUUUUCGUUUGAAUUAACAUCACAAACAUCUCCCCUCCCCCCCCUCGCCAUACACAUCAAAGGAAACCAUUAGAACCCUUAAUAAAACGCUCCCUAUUACUUCAUUCAAUUUUCCGUCAAACUAUUUAAUUGGUAUUUAAAAAUCCAACAAACAUUUGAACAAAAAUUGGUUUUAAACGCCAAAAGAACAAAAGCGUAGCAUAAAUACAUUCUAAUUAGAAAUCUCAGAAUCUUUUGAACUAUUUUAUAAAUCUGAGAAAUGUGUAUUUAUGGGAUACUAAUUAAAAUUUAAAAUUUGAUAGUUACAUAUUAAGGGCAAGAAAGCUGUAGGCUAGAAAUUUUAACUUAUACGAAGAUCUUUCCAUAGAAAUACCUGUUGGACACUGUCCCCACUAAGACCAGCUGUUGGACACUGUCCUACCACCAAGACCAGCUGUUAGACACUGUCCCCCCACCAAGCCCAGCUGUUGGACACUGUCCCACUAAGACCAGCUGUUGGACACUGUCCCCCACCAAGCCCAGCUGUUGGACACUGUCCCACUAAGACCAGCUGUUGGACACUGUCCCCCACCAAGACCAGCUGUUGGACACUGUCCCACUAAGACCAGCUGUUGGACACUGCCCCACCAAGACCAGCUGUUGGACACUGUCCCACCAAGACCAGCUGUUGGACACUGUCCAGUGAGGCCCUAUACAACAAUUUAACUAACAAAAAAAUAAUUAAAAUCUAUCAUUCGAGAAAAGAAGCCUGACCUCUCCGACCUCUCACGCGACCUCCUGACCUCUCACACGACCUCCUGACCUCUCACACGACCUCCUGACCUCUCACGCGACCUCCUGACCUCUCACACGACCUCCUGACCUCUCACACGACCUCCUGACCUCUCACACGACCUCCUGACCUCUCACGCGACCUCCUGACCUCUCACACGAUCUCCUGACCUCUCACACGACCUCCUGACCUCUCACACGACCUCCUGACCUCUCACACGACCUCCUGACCUCUCACACGACCUGGCUAAUGAGCGGUGAGGCCAGAAGCAGCACCUCCCCCGCCCAGGAGGGGGAGGGGUCGCCCAGAGGCCUGUCGACGACCCCCCAACACAAUGGAGGGGGCGGCAUCCCCCUGCCCCCCCACCACUCCACAAUGACGGGGGAGGCCUGGCACCAACCCCAGCCCCGGGAACCCACCCCCCACGACCACCCUGGCGGGCUGAACCUGACAGUGAUGGGGAAUACCAGCGGCCACAGCGAGGCGGCCUCCACCUGCGGCACGCCCGUAGGGGAGGUGGGCGUGGCCACCAACGUCAUCAUACGGGAGGACGUCAACCUGUCCGCCCGCACGCCCGUCAAGCAGGAGGAGGAGGAGGAGGAGCUGAAGCACGCCUACACGGCCGCCCACGCCUACACCCACACCAUCCACGUCACCCCCAAGUCAGAGGUCAAAGGUGAGAUGGGCUCCCCUCCUCCGUCAGCCGCCACCACACACAUCCCAGCCACCGUUCACGACCUCGACCACGCCUCCUACCAGUCGCCGUACUCCGUGCAGAGCGUGGUGGUGUACGAACCCAGCCACCAGGUGGAACACGUGCACACCCACACCGUCGACGCCCAUGGCCACGCCCACUCCCACCUGAACUCCGAGGGCGCCACCUACGCUACCUUGGAAUCAGCGCCCGCCAUCACCACCCUCGCCUCCAUCCCCUACUCCGACCCCUACUACUACUACAAGACCCAGGACAUGUACGUGAAGGAUGACGGGCGCCGUUCGAGUGCGUACGAGUUCGUACAGUCUCCGUACGGCCCAGCGUCCGGGCACGCCCACGCCCACCUGCAGAAGGCGGACCCUACCAUGUGGGCACCAGGUCCUGAGUAUACCCAGCUGCCUCCUCUGGAGUACCUACCCCAGCAGGAGGUACUGGAGCGGUCCACGCCCCUUCCCCACCACACCUACAUGACCUCCCCUGCCGCAGCCUGGGCCAGCCCCGCGCCCUACGACUCCAUCUUGCAUACGGCCUCCGGAGAGACCUAUCGACGCAUCGAGCCAGGUGACCCAGACAGCAACGAGAACAGAGAGUGUGUCAACUGCGGAUCAAUGACGACGCCACUGUGGCGCCGGGACUCCGGGGGCCACUACCUCUGCAACGCCUGCGGCCUCUACAGUAGGGCCAACGGCAUCAACCGGCCGCACGUCCGCUCGCAGAGACGACCCGUCAGUCCCUACGUGGCCCCGACGGCGACGCCUCAGCCUCCACGACGGUCCGGGAUGACCUGCUCCAACUGCCAGACGACCAACACGACGCUCUGGAGGCGGAACAACAACGGUGAACCCGUCUGCAACGCCUGUGGCCUCUACUUCAAGCUCCACGGGGUAAGCCGUCCCCUCACCAUGAAGAAGGAAGGACCCAUCCAGACUCGCAAGAGGAAACCCAAGAACGCCGGCUCCUCCGCCUCCUCCUCUGCCUCCUCCUCGUCUCAGCAGCAGCAGCAGCAGCAGCACCAACAGCAGCAUCAGCAGCAGCCUGUCCCCAACCGCUACACCUCCCCCAGUAUGGGUGGCGCGUCAUCGCUGAAGCCGCUGCCGACGGCAUCCUAUGUAUCGACAGUCAUCACCAAUUACGCGGAUCACCAUGCAGCCGACCACUACGGGGGUGGUAGCAGCAGCAGUAGCAACAACCCCGUCACCCUCCACCACCCCCACCACCACCUGGACCAGGGCGGCCACCUCCUGACGGGGGCCGCGGGUGGCGGCGGGGUGGGGCUCUCUACCCUUCCUCCACAUAUGCCCGCCCAGCUGGUGUCCUACCCCUCCCCUUCCUCCACCCCACAACACAUCCUCCCCAACUCCCAGCAACUCUCACAACAGGUACUGAAGCAGUUACCAGUGCUGGAACCCCUGGAAGACUCCAACAUCAAAUACGAACACUCGAGUUAAAGCAACAUAAGGGGUGACGCUGGAUGCUCUGGCCUCGGCUGAGCUAGGGGACCCGGCCGGGCCUUCACAGACGGAAGAUAAUUAGGCUGCAGCCCCGGCCAGCAGCAAUGUGAAGCCAGCUAAUACUGCAUGCCAAAGCUCAAAAAUGACACUUAAACUAGACGACUCUUACACUCCUGAAUGAGUUUGGGUUAUAAACUCGUUUCGGAAACGAAGGACCCCAGAGAAAUAAGUUUGUUCUUCCAGUGUCUCAGUGCUGCCAUUCAGAGAGGAAAUGCCCGUUGUAUCCUCAUCACAAGUCCAACAACACCGAGAGAUGAAGGAGGUUUUCUAAAAUUAAUUGUUAUUAUAUAUGUGAACUGUAUAAUCUUCAACCCGAUCGUACCUAAUAAAUUAAUAACUUAUUACUUAACAAAUAGAUAGGGCGGUAGAAGAAAAUACUCAAGGCAUCCAGAAGAGCUUCAAUACUUUCCCUGUAGCAUUUAAUUCUCUUCCCCGAUGAUGCAUAUAUAUAUAUAUAUAUAUAUAUAUAUAUAUAUAUAUAUAUAUA